CACCUACUUCCUGUUUUACCUCGGCUACUUUUUGAACUUUACAAUGGUGGCUAAGACAACACUAAAAUAGUCACCUCGUCCCAAACUAACUGUUGCACUCGAAAUGGCGCUUGACAGCGGGAUUUGCGGAAAGAAUAGUGGGAUUGUUUUCAGUUAGGCCGUACAUAACUCCAUUAAGUUUUUAACCGAGAAAGGUAAAAACAAAUUGAGCUUUCCCUUGUCGCGGGACUCGACCGACGGUCACCGUUAUCAUCAUGCCGGAGGCUUCUAAGAUGAAGAAGCCGGACGUAAAGGUGGUCCUGCUGGGAGACAUGAACGUGGGGAAGACGUCGCUUCUCCACAGGUACACGGAAAGAAAGUUUAAAGACACCAUCAGCACCGUUGGGGGAGCGUUUUUCCUAAAACAAUGGGGACCUUACAACAUCUCCAUAUGGGACACGGCUGGUCGAGAACAGUUCCAUGGUUUGGGCUCCAUGUACUGUCGAGGUGCCUCUGCCGUCAUUCUCACCUAUGAUGUCACCAAUUGGCAAAGCUUGGCCGAGCUGGAGGAGCGUUUCCUGUCCCUGACCGACACUGCCAACCAUGACUGCAUUUACGCCCUGGUGGGCAACAAGGCUGACCUCACAGACCUUAAAGCCCAGCUGCCACUGGACUUGAGCGGAGGUUCUAAGGAUCGGACUGAGUGUGAGGGGGACAGGACAGAAUCAGAGGUGCUGUCUGCAUGUCCUACACCUCCAGCCUCUCCUGCGUCUCUCUCUGGGACGGGCCUACACAAACAGGUCCCCCGCGAGGAGGCGAUGGCACUUUAUGAGAGAAUACUGCGGUACAAGGGCCUGGAUGAAAAGAGCAGCCUGCCUGCAGAGAAGAUGUGCUUUGAGACGAGUGCUAAGACGGGCUACAAUGUGGACACUUUGUUUGAGACACUGUUUGAUCUGGUACUGCCUUCGAUUUUGAGGAAGAGAAAUGAGAAUCUAGUGUCUCCUACAGUCGACUUGGAGGAGUACAGGGAGGCCAGUGCCAGGAGGGGUAAAACCUGCUGCUAAGAUCUGAGUUUUUUUUUUUAAAUGACUGUCAUAAAGUCUGUCUAAGCACCAACUACUUACACUGUGAUGGUACUACUUAUUUGCUUAGACUGAGAGUCAAUAGCAAUAAUCGACACUGCUUGGAGUUGAAGAAUCUAGAGACACUUGUUUUGUCAAAAAGAAAACCAAUGAGUAUUGAGGGUUUUUUUUACCUUGUACUUUAAAACUUCCACCCAAAGAUCCGUAACUGCACUUUUAUUGUUGACUUGUGUGUGCUAAGAGCAAGCAUACACAAUUUAACUACUUUUUUUUUUUAAAUUUCACUUAAACCGCACUAAUUGUUUGCUGAGACUGCACAAGUCACUGUUUCUUGUAGUUGAACGAUAGGAUUUUUCCCUAAUCACUAAUUUUUUUUUUGACUUGCUUUGAUACCAAUCUUUGUACAUCAUUGUCACUUUUCUGUGCUUUAAACUGUGAAUAGUAA